AUGUGCGCUGGUGGAAUGGUGGUAACACGUUCGCCUCGCAUUUCAGGUGUCCGGAGUUCAACCCCCGGCACGGCCAUUGGAUUUGCACUGCUGAUUUCCUUGAAUUUUUUGGUUUGUAACAUGAGUGGUGAGUUGUCCUUAGCUGCACGCAUAUAUAGGAAAACUUUCUGUCCGUCUGCUGGCUAUCAAAAGCGGGAUCCAGCGAUAAACACUGCUUCUCACAAAGUGUUCUUCUGGGCGCGUAUGAACAGUAAACAGAAAGAACCGAGUCUGUGCGAGAAGCUGCAAAACUGUGACAUAACGACAUUUAAUGGACAACAUACGGAUCAAAUCCCUCGUGAGGAAAACGGAAGAGCGACGAAUGAGAACGCUACCACAGAUCCCAGCUCUCGGAACAGGGAACCAGGGCCUUUCGGAAUCGCUUCAAUAGGAGAUGAUAGCAGAGCAGUUUUGACGCAAAGAAUCAAAGAAGCUCACUGA